AUGACGGAACCCUCGAGCUCCGCCCGCACAUGCCUUGAUGAGAGAUCCGAGUCUACCAUCGCCUCGGUGAGCGCGUCCCUCGUGGACGAUCCCUUCGGGCGAGCGAGGGAGGGACGGGAUAGGGGCAGCGACGACGUCGACGGUGGCGGCUGUGGCGGUUGUGGCGGCGAUGGCAGUAGCGGUAACGGCGAUGUGACGGCUUGGCACAUCCACGACAUCAAUAGCCAGGUAGCGCAGUUUCGCGACCUCCUCAUCAGCAUCGGCCAGGCGCGCGACUGCCCGGAGCUGCGCGAAAGGAUACGGAAGCUGCGCCGCGGCUGCGUCGAGGCCUGCAAGAGGACCUCGCAGAUGGUACUGCCACAGAUGCGCAGCGCGAUGGACUCGGGGAUACCGGCCGACAGUCCCAAUCUCGUGCUGCUCUUCUUCCUCGCCCAGCUCUUCCUCAGGGAGCUUUACAAGAGCAAGAACCUCGUGCGCAUCGUGCCCAUGGACAUGACUGGCUACUUUGGUAAUAAUCGGCCGGCGACUCGCCGAGCCACACCGACUCGGGAGCUUUUGGCGCCAUUCGCGAAAUUCCAUUUUCCCUCGCGCAACCCUCUCGCUCUCCUCUCGACCGCGAAUUCGACAUCCCCGCGUGACCUCCCAGCACUUGAUCCGUAA